UGGUUAAACUUUGGUUUUGUUGGAUAUCGGUACCAGUCUAAGUUCUGAUCAGAGACAGAGGAACAGCACCAUCGUGCUGUUUGGCCUGUUUACCUUUUGAAGCCUGAAGUCACACGAUGCACCAGAACCUCAGACUAAGCCCCGCCCUGCAGAUCCGUCAGCGCUGUUCAGUUUACCGAGUUCAGUUUUGCAGACUGGAUCGGUAGCAUGCCUGCGCGGUUCUGUCUGAUGCUCUGGUUCCUGGUCCGGUCCUCUGAAGGUCAGGUAAACAUCACAGCUGAACUUGGAGAGGAUGUUAUUCUGCCAUGUGAAGCUCCCAACACCAACAAACCCAUCAUAGUUGUAGAGUGGAGCAAACCUGAAGUGGAUCAGGAAUAUGUUUUUCUGUACCGAGAUGGACACUUAGAUUCAGUCUACCAGCUUCCAUCUUACAGGAACCGGGUGGAUCUACAGGACAGACAGAUGAAGGACGGAGACGUUUCUCUGGUUCUGAAGGAUGUGAAGAAGAACGACACUGGAACAUACGAGUGUCGGGUUUUCCAGAGAGGAACAAACCGCAAGAAGAGAUCCAAUCUGCAGACUGAUCCCAUCAUCACCAUCUACCUGUUAGUUCUUGAACCAGGAGACAAGGAUGGAGGAGACAAGGAUGGAGGAGACAAGGAUGGAGGAGACAAGGAUGGAGGAGACAAGGUUGGAAUCAUUGUAGGAAUCAUUGUAGGACCAGUAGUGGGUGUGAUGAUCCUUCUUGCUGGUGGUUUUCUGAUCUAUAAAAGCUGCAUGAGGCAGAAGUCACACCUCCCUGUUCCUCCUGAUGAAGCAGCAGAUUGACAGUUUCUGAGUCAGCAGCAGAUCAAACCAGAGCUUCUCGAACUUUCUCCUCCAAAAUGAACAUGAUUCAAUUCAGUUUUAUUUGUAUCGUGAAGUUUACAACACGUUAUCUCACAGUGGUUAACAGAGUCAGAUGUAUGAUGGAUCCAGCAGCAGCAGAACAAACUGGACCCUGUGGGGGUAUGGCAGCGAAGUUCAUCUACUUUUAAUCAAACCGUGAUCUUGAUGUGAACUUCACCAAACUGAGGAAACAGCUGUGUGCGUGUCCAGCCAGCAGAAGGCCUGAUGUUAACAUCUGCACAUCCAACAGACUGAACAGGUGGAAGGAGGCAGAAAUGAAGAAAGAAGGAAGUUUGUUUACUACUUGAAAAAUGAAGUAUUAAUCUGAAAGUAUUUCCAUGUUUGCAGUAUUGUAAUGAAGUCAACAGUGUUUAAAGACCAGCAGCUAAGCUGGUGAAGCAGACCUGCAACGACAUGAAGGUUAAAGGACUCUGACAGCACAGCUUACAGGAAGUGCAGUGGGUCCGUUUGCCUCAUGAGAUGGGCCAAGCUAAGCUAAGCCAAGCUAAGCUAGGCUAAGCUAAGAUGAGUCCACAGUGGGGAAUAAGCUGCUGUUAUAAACAUACAUCACAGUGGCUCUGAGGUGCAAAACACAAACAACAGAAAACAUUUCAGAGAACAACAAAAGCUGCACAACAUGUCUUGUGAGGGAUCACCGUGCUGCCACGACCAGUGUUUGGUCUCAUUGGUUCACAGCAACACGACUCCAGUUUACAGAAGCAGCUCUGCUAGAGCUGAUGAAGUGUCUUUCAUCUGCUGCUCCACACUGAAUCCACCGCUCUGGUUCUGUAUGUGAACAACUGGCCUUCUGUGUUUCAUGCUCGCUGUUGGUUUUCAUCAUCUGACGUUGAAUGUUUAGGAUUAUAAAAUCCAGUGUUUGUGAAAGCAGCUGCUGUGAAGUGAAUAAAACUCCUGAUGAUCUGGUG